GUAACUAUGGCUUUUUGUGGGAAGACUACUCUGUACAUCCUGGGCCUUCUGAUAUUCGGCUCCCUCAACACUAUGUGUACUAAGCUGCAGUUCGAAAUGACUUCGGUCGGUAUCAAUGGAGAUGUGAAGCACUUUAUGAAGCCCUGGUUCGGAACAUUAACCAUGUUCAUGGGUAUGGUUAUCGUUCUAGUAAUCCACUUUAUUGACGUCUUGAUUGAUCGUAUGAGAGCUAGAGGUCACCGUGGUGAAGCUUAUGAAGCCUUGUUGGAGCAGCCACAUCAACAGCGGCAGAACUCUGGUGGGAAGGAUGUUCCUAGCUUUUGGAGAGCUGGUUUAUUGAUAUUGGCCCCUGCUGCUUUUGAUUUGAUCGCCACGACUAUGUCCUUU